GAGAGACGCGUGCGCGCGCACCGCGCCCCCACACACACCACCAGACGGAGCCUCCCUAUUCUGGUAAACUGCGAACACGAACAGAAAGGGAUAUUUCGUCGGUGCAUCCUCUGUAGUUGAAAAGGCGAAUAUUGCAGCUGGAAACAGGACAGCAUUAUUCUGUGUUUAUUAGUGAUCAUGUCAGCCAGACCGGGAUUCUAUCGCCAGGAGCUCAACAAGACAGUAUGGGAGGUGCCCGAGCGCUACCAGAUCCUCACGCCGGUCGGUUCGGGCGCGUACGGCUCCGUGUGCUCAGCGUAUGAUGUGCAGCUACGUCAGAAGGUAGCCAUUAAGAAGCUCUCUCGGCCAUUUCAGUCUCUCAUUCACAGUCGGCGCACCUACAGAGAACUGCGAUUGCUAAAGCACAUGAAACACGAAAAUGUUAUUGGGCUGCUAGAUGUUUUCUCUCCUGCAGCAUCAUUAGAAGAAUUCAAUGAGGUCUACCUUGUCACUAAUCUGAUGGGAGCAGAUCUCAACAACAUAGUCAAGUUUCAACGCCUUUCAGAUGAGCAUGUGCAGUUCCUCAUUUAUCAGUUACUUCGUGGCCUUAAGUACAUCCAUUCAGCUGGACUUAUACACAGAGAUCUAAAACCAAGCAAUGUAGCUGUGAAUGAAGACUGUGAACUCAGGAUCCUGGAUUUUGGAUUGGCCAGGCAGACAGAUGAUGAGAUGACUGGGUAUGUUGCAACACGCUGGUACAGAGCACCUGAAAUUAUGCUCAACUGGAUGCAUUAUAAUCAGACAGUGGACAUCUGGUCUGUGGGAUGCAUUAUGGGAGAGCUUAUCAAAGGGAAGGUCUUGUUUCCAGGAAAUGACUAUAUAGAUCAGCUGAAGAGAAUCAUGGAGGUGGUUGGUACCCCAAGUCCUGAGCUUCUGAAGAAGAUUUCUUCAGAGCAUGCCCAGAAAUACAUCCAGUCCCUACCCUACAUGCCCCAGCAGGAUCUGGGGAAGAUUUUCAGAGGAGCCAAUCCACAGGCGGUAGAUUUGUUGAAGAGAAUGUUGGUGUUGGACUGCGACAGACGGAUCUCUGCCACUGAAGCCUUGUCCCACCCUUAUUUCUCUCAGUACCACGAUCCUGAAGAUGAGCCUGAGGCACCACUAUAUGACCAAACCCCUGAGAGCAAGGACCGCACACUGGAGGAAUGGAAGGAACUAGUGUUUGAAGAAGUUAACAGUUUUAAAGCUCCUGUCAACCAAACAGACAGCCUCCAGGCUGAGCAGUAAAAGUCACUGUUCAACAUUCCGAAUCUGAGUCUAACCAACUACCCAAAAAGGACAAACGCUGUUGAUCUGUCUCUCAUUCGACUGAAGAUCUGAGGAUCUGUCAGUUAGGCGACUAGAAAACAAGAACAAUGCAUUCCAUAGGUGUAAAGUCUUUGUGUGUGUAUGUGUGUGUGUGUGUGUGUGUUAUAUACUUAUGAAUGCUGGAAAAGAAAUAUGUCUCUACUUUCUACGAUACAUUAUAGACAUGCACAAAGUAAAUUAUUAUAGGGCGCAUGUUGUGUUUUUAUGUACUUUUUUAUUACACGGAUGAUGCAAGAGACGUGAAGCGAAACAUGGAUGUCAAUCAAACCAAGGCGAAGCGGAGAAGCUCAGCCUGAAAUCUACAUGUUUACAGAGAAGGAUUGAGUGAAAGGCAUUAACACUGAGUGAGCAACACAAUUGAAAAACUAGAAGGACAGGGGUCGAAUAUAUAUAAAAGAAGCAUUACAUCUUGCUCAUUUAAUAAUAAUAAUAAUAAUAAUAAUAAUAAUAAUAAUAAU